CUCUCUCUCUCCCAUAGAUAUCCCCACCAACCCCUCUGACUCAAAAGUAUCUAGCUGUUUAAGUUUACUGUACUGCUUUUUGCUUGAUCAGUUUUAGUGAACUUUAACCAUCCAUGUCAAGUAAAAGUGUUCCAUUAGCAUUCUCAAAGCUCUGCAAGCUUCAGAGCAUUAGUCUCAACAAAAGAACAUUUGGGUUUUUCUUACCUAAUCAGUUCUUGUACUUUGACAGUUUCACUACACUGCCGUCUGCCUUCUCAAUACUUUAGCUAUACUAUAUGUGGGUCUGUCCCCUGUAGUUUUAACAUGAGUAUAGUUGUAUGUUCCUUAAAGUUACACUCAUGUUUUGCCUGAGGGUGUUAUUUCAGUUUUCACUUCUUUUGCUUCCUUUUCUUCUUCUUACAUGGAUGAUUGGGUGAGAGCUAUUAGAUCCUGAGAAUUGAGCUCCAAUUUCCUUGGAAGUGAAAUGGCGAUGCAGCUGAUACUCAUACUGAUAAAAAUAUGUUUUACUCUCGCUGCUACUAAAGUUCAUGGAUCUGCAGCACCAGUUCCAUCACCAUCAAGGACAUUGCCUCAAAAACCACCAACUAUCUACUCUUUCAGGCCAAGCCAACAGCCAUCACAGCUUCCAGACCAUUCUGUUGCUCCUGCAUCACAUCCUCUCAGCUCUGGCGGGAAACCACAUGGCAAGAUAUUUGCUACACCUCCCCAUAAAGCAUUCCCCAAAUUUUCUCCUGUGAACCACUCUCCAGCUAAAGCCACCCAUCAAAAUGAUCCCAUUAGGCCUUCAAGUAUCGCACUUCCACCUUCUAUGUCAUCUUUUGGAGUUCCUGCAAAGAAAUGGGUGCAGGGUCCUGCAUCUUCCCCUUCAAUCCCCUAUCAUAAACAUCAUCAUGCCAGGAACAAGUUCAGAAAUUCUGCCCCAGAACCAUCUUACUUGAUUCAUGCCCCCACCUACAGCCAGGAAGGCCCUUCUGUCCCUCCAUUCCAAUCUCCAUAUCCUUUAUCAAUAAGCAAGGGUUUGCCUGCACCUUCACCAUCACCGACAAUCGUCUCAAACCACUUCAAUAUGCCCAUCCAUUCGCCUAGAAUUUCACCAAUGAGUUCCUACCAGAAGAAGACAAAGGCUGCACCACCAUCAAGAGUUUUGACACUGCCACCUCCACCUCCUAAUGAAGAUUGUACAGCGGUGGCAUGCUCAGAGCCUCUAACAAAUACACCUCCUGGGUCACCCUGUGGUUGUGUGUGGCCAAUUCAAGUUAAAAUCAGCCUUAGUGUGUCUAUAUACACAUUCUUUCAAUUGGUUUCAGAGCUUGCUGAGGAAAUUGCGGCAGGUGUUUCAUUGAACCAUAGCCAAGUUCGCAUUAUGGGAGCAGAUGCAACUAGUCAGCAGCUAGAGAAAACCAGUGUCCUCAUCAAUCUGGUACCUAAAGGAUUAAAAUUCAAUGAUACUACUGCACUUUUUAUCUAUAAAAGAUUCUGGCACAGACAGUUUUCCAUAAAGGCUUCAGUUUUUGGUGCCUACGAAGUAUUCUAUGUUCACUACCCAGGUCUUCCCCCGUCUCCCCCAUCAGCACCUUCAAGCAUUUCUGCAAUAGAUGAUGGGCCUUAUGCUGGCCAUGGAAACAAUGGAAGGAUAAUAAAACCCCUAGGGGUUGAUGUGCCAAGGAGAAAAAAAGAAGGUCUUAGUGGAAGCAUGAUUUCUUUGAUCGUACUAUCAUCUUUUACUGUUUUGAUUAUAUUUGUGGGACUUGCAUGGCUUUUUGUGUUGAAAUGUGGCUCUUGUGUUCAUCAUCCUGAAAAGAAUUCACAUUCUUUAAUGCCAUCUCCUACAAAACCAUCAGGGGCAGCCAGAUCUAUGCUGUUAGGAAGCAUGCGUGGUUCUACAUCAAUGUCUUUUAGUUCUGGCACACUAACAUAUAUAGGAACCGCUAAGAACUUCACUUUGAAUGACAUAGAGAGAGCCACUAAUAACUUUGAUCCUUCAAGAAUACUUGGAGAAGGUGGAUUUGGGCUUGUUUACAGUGGCAUUUUAGAUGAUGGGAAGGAGGUAGCUGUGAAGAUUCUCAAGAGAGCUGAUCAGCAUGGUGGCCGUGAGUUCUUGGCAGAAGUUGAGAUGCUAAGCCGUCUGCACCACCGGAAUUUGGUUAAAUUGAUUGGUAUAUGCACAGAGGACCAUACACGCUGCCUAGUAUAUGAACUAGUUCCAAAUGGGAGUGUUGAAUCUCAUUUACAUGGUGUUGACAAGGAAACUGAUCCACUUGAUUGGGAUUCCCGAAUGAAGAUUGCCCUUGGUGCAGCUCGGGGCUUAGCCUAUCUACAUGAAGACUCAAACCCACGUGUUAUACAUCGAGACUUCAAGUCUAGCAACAUCUUAUUGGAAUAUGAUUUUACACCCAAGGUCUCAGAUUUCGGAUUGGCUAGAACUGCAUUGGAUGAGGGAAACAAACACAUCUCAACGCAUGUUAUGGGAACUUUUGGUUACUUAGCUCCUGAAUAUGCGAUGACUGGACAUCUUCUUGUGAAAAGUGAUGUUUACAGCUAUGGUGUAGUCCUCCUUGAGCUUCUAACAGGAAGAAAGCCUGUAGAUUUGUCACAGCCACCAGGUGAAGAAAAUCUAGUUGCUUGGGCCCGUCCACUUCUCACAUGCAAGGAGGGCUUAGAAACAAUCAUUGAUCCAGCUAUAAAGUCAAAUGUUUCAUUCAAUAGUGUGGCUAAAGUAGCAGCAAUUGCAUCAAUGUGUGUGCAACCAGAAGUAACUCAUCGCCCUUUCAUGGGUGAAGUUGUUCAGGCCUUGAAGCUAGUAUGUAAUGAGUUUGAUGAAACACAGGAUAUAGGGUCAAAAACUUGCAGCCAAGAUGAUGUUUUGAUUGAUUUAGAUAGUAAGGCUAGGACACGGUCAGGCGAGAUCAUGGAAGUCUCACAAUCUCAUCACCCACUUCCUGGCUAUGAUUCUAGCUAUGACACCAAGAUAGCAUUAUCAGCAUCAGAUUUGCUAAGUACAUCAAUGAGACCUGAGGGGCAAGAAUUUGGGUCCUUCAGAAGACACUCUAUUUCAGGGCCUUUAAGGAUGGGGAGGAAGAGGCAAUUUUGGCAGAGAUUAAAAAGUUUGUCUAGAGGCAGCGUGAGUGAGCAUGGUUUUUCAUUGAAAUUGUGGCCAGAAUCCCAUUAGAUUUUGCUUAAGCCCGUUUAAAAUAGCAAUCUUAGCAAAUAAAUAUGGAGUUGCUUUCAUGGACAAGAUUGAGUCAUCACAUGCACAUGUACAUAAAAAGCUGUCACAUGAAUCUUCUGCUUUUGAACAAAUCAUUUAUCUGCUCCUUUUUGAUUCAGUUCUUGGAGUUCCUGUAUUGUUGACAGGGUUGUUUGAAUAAAUAAUGACACGGCAUUCUUCUUUUAAGCGUAA